UGUGGCUGUUUUGAAGAUAACAGGAAUUAUUUACUGUACGAUAUUGGCAUUUACAAUAUAGUUCUAGCAAUUAAAUAAGCAUUUUUCUUGUCCAGUAACAUUGACGCAGAUGUUUGCCCUACCUAUUUUGGAAAGCGACUAUUAGACUCUGAAUUCUUUACGAAAAGGGACAAGCGCUUUGAAUAACUGCAAGGUGCAUCAUCCAGCUGGUCAUUGUUUUCUACAUAAGCGUUGAUUAAUUUAUCCAACUGCAUUCCUGAUGAACAACUUGAAUGAUCCCCAACACUGGAACAUAAGGCCAGAGCAGCAAGGUGGUGGUGACAGCAGCAAGUGGAACUAUGCCCUUCUGGUGCCAAUGCUGGAACUUGCUGCCUUUCGAUGGAUCUGGUCCAAGGAGUCUCUAAAUGAAAUCGAGGAGGCCAAGGUCAAGUACGAUAAGACCAUGAAAAGCAUCCAGGAAGAUCUGGAAAUUAAAUACCGUCAUACACUCACUGAAAACCGCAGAGAAACAGCCCAUUUAGAGCUUGAUCUAGAGAAAGAACACCAGCGGGCACAGGACUACCGUCAGGCCCUGGGUUCUCAGAGUAAACAACUCGAUGAGGAACGUCUAGGUAUGAGAUUGGAGCGUGAAGCUCUAAAAAAUGAGAGAUCUAGACUGCUGUACGGAGGCCCUGGUGGGGCCCUCUUUCAUGAGGCCCUGGAGAAGGAGAAAGCACAAGAGCUGAGGGCUUCAGUGGCUUUAAAGGAAGUAGAGUAUGGGCUGGUGGAGAGGUAGAGGGCCUUUUGCAGCGUCCUGGUGCCCCAUGCCAGGAGGGUGGAGGUGGAGAAAGAUCUGCUGGUUAGGACGGCAAAAGAGCCCCUUCUUGCUCAUCUGGAGAUAGAAGACGGUCUGAGAGACAAUUUUAAGAAUGAUCGCAGUUGUGCCGAGUAUCUCAAUACAGAUGAGCGCAAGAAUGGAAGUCUCAUGUGGCUGUAUCUAUGAUACUGGCAGCUGCAAGUCACACUACAAAUGCACCAGAGAGCUGAGGCUGCAAUACUUGGCUUGCAGACGAAAAAAUAACAAUACACCAAUACAAAUGAACAGGGACUAAUACCCAGAUAAAUUCUGAUCCUUGUAUUUACCUUCUCUUUUGUCUUUUUCAUUCAAAAUUCCAACUUAAUGUCAACUGAAUUCACUUGUACUUUUUGUCUGUUUGAAUGACAGUGAAGAUAAUAUAAACUAUUGCAAUUAAGGCUGCAUCCGAAAACAUAGGCAGCUGAUUUGCUGCUUAGCUGCGUAAUCAGUUAAUGGCUUAACCUGCAGUGUUUUUUUAAUGAAUGAAUAGAAAUCUUAAAGGGAUAGUUCUCCCAAAAAUGAAAAUUCUCUCAUCUUUUACUCACCCCCAUCCCAGAUGUGUAUGACUUUCUUUCUUUUGCUGAGCACAAAGGAGCAGCAUGGUGGUAGGGGUGUGUGUGUGUUCACUAAAAACUCGCAUUCAUAUCAGCCUCUGUUCUGCUAUGCAACGCCCAUAUUUUCACAAUCCAAUCAACAACCAAUGGAUAAACAAAUCCCCACCCUAAUUUUUUUAUAAUUCAUUAAUAUUUAUUUAUUGUCAAUUUUUUUUCUUGUUCGAUAUGCUGUUUCACUUGGAAAUACGUCACAAUACGGAAGUAAAGUCCGUCGCAACUUCCAUUUCAUGCUGACUUUAAGAAGAGUAUCCGAGCUCUGCAGGUCCUCACAAUGCAAGUGAAUGGUGAUACAUUUUUUGACACUCGAAAAUGCACAUAAAGGCAGCAUAAAUGUAAUCCAUAAGACUCCAGUGGUUAUGUGUUUAUAUAUAGCGAUAUGUAAAUAAAGGGACGUUAUUGCUUUUAGUAUGAAGGAGAAAGGAGAAAGGAGAAAGAAACUACUUUGGCUGCCAACCACAUGCUCCUCCCACAUCCGGUUAUUUUGA